UGACUAUAUUAUGGCUACGGGGCUAACAGAGGUCACACAGUCACCUGAAACGGGAGAGACAGUUGGGGAGUGCACAGGAAAGAAAAAAUCCAAAUUUCAGACUUUCAAGAACUUCUUUGCCAAGAAGAAAAGGAAAGAGCCUCCACCUCCCAGAGGGGAGAGUAAUUUAAAACCUAGCCAGUCCAGCAGCGAUGUCAGCAUCUCUGUGCUCGACACUACUGCACUUCAUUCACCGAAGGAGGCUGGGCCCAAAGGAAGCAUGGGAAACAAAGCCCUGUCCCAUGACAGCGUCUUCAUUCUUGAGUCUGCACCAGGAAAUGUGGCUGGUGAUGUGUUGUCUCAGGAAAACAUCCCUGGAAGAGUGAAAACUUUGCAGCUUCAGCUGCAGCAGAACAUCAGACUUGGAUCACCUCCUCUUGUUAUAACUGGAAAGAAACUGGAAGAUGCAGGUGCUGUUUCUGAAGAUGAUGGUUUACCUAGAAGCCCUCCUGAAAUGUCAACCCUUCAUGAAGUUCUGACAGAUUCACCAAGCAAGUCCUCCAACCCUGUUCAGCGUCAUAGCUCUUUGAGUUUAGGCGGGACAGACAGUGAAGAUGAACAGGUACCUUCUGGAGCGUCCUCCAGGCCCAUCAGUCCUUUGUCCUCUGUCCCUGUGGGGGCCCCCGGCUCACAAGGCAGCAGCUCCCUUCCUGUUGACUUCACUGUCCCUGCCAGCCCCCUCGGCUGCCUGGACACCUCAGCAGCCAGGCACAGGAUUGCCAUAAACCCCCGGAAACAGAAAGGCUUUACCGGCAAGAAUCAGCAAAGUCCCCAGGAAACACAUUAUGAAGAUGAAAUUCACUGGAUAGAAAAGGUUGUGGAGCUGGAGUGUGACAGAAGUAAAGACUGGUACAACUACAGUGCUGAAGGAGAAAAGCUGAUUGUGGAGUGUGAAUCAGAGAUACCAGAACCAAUAAUAGUGUCUGUUCUAUGCCACCAGGUGGAACAGCUGGAAAAUGAAGCACAUCUUCCUUCAACUCCAGAAAAGAAGGGCAAGUCAACAGAACUACUUGAGAGUGACCAGCAAAAAAGUGACUGGGAAGGAUUAUCAGCCCAGGUGGGAUAUUGUGCAAAGGGAGGCAGUUCUAAGGAGAUGCCAGCUGCAAGAAGUCCCACAGAUGCUGCCCGUGACUCACCUGAUUCCACAGUUGUGGCAGAAGACUCCUGUGCUUUCCGGCAAGAGGAUGCAUGUCCUCCAGACAUGGACCAUCACUAUAAAGCAACUGCUCCCCUUCUGAAACCAGAACCUUCUCCAGUGAACCUGGAGGAACACCACAGUGAAAAGGUGUUGUGCUGCUCAGACGAGUCUGCUGAUGAAUUGAAACGACGUCAGCAAAAUACCAGUACUGAAGUAUCUGCACUUCCAAAACUGCAACAAAUUGAAGGAGAAGCUGUUGUAUUUCCAGACACACCACCAGCUGACUUCUUCAGCAAUGGUGUGGAAACAGAGGGCAUAGAUGUACUGGCAGAUGUUGCACAAAAGUCCUCAGUAAAUUCUGUGGAUCCUGACAUCAAAGACCAGAAAAAGGGGCAUCCACUGUUAACUGGCAAAGAAGCCUGCUUGUGUACCGUUGAGGAUCUUUCCAACCAUGCUGUCUCAGUUACUGCACCAAACACUUCACAGGUUGUGGUAACCAAUUCAGAGUCAUCUUCUGACAUCAAGACAGUGGCUGUUUUGAAGCCUGAAAACAGUUCAGUGACAAGAAGUGACAAAGAAAGUUGUGAAAGAGUGGAAUUUCAGUCAUCGAAAGGCAAUGCAGGAAAAAAAAAAGACACUGCUGCAUCUGUCUCAGAAGCAGACUGCAUGCUACCUCCCAGUAAAUUGGAAGUAUGUUUUAAAGCAGAAGCUGUUUCUGUUUCAAAGGGUAACCAAGGCAGUCAACAGGCCAACACAUCGUACAUUUCUGAAAAACUUUCCAUUGGAUGUCUUGCCUCCUCAAGUUUGGCUGGCUUGAAGAGUAAUAUCUCUUCUGAUGACAACAGCAAGGAGUACCAGAUAAGCAGUACAGCUUCUCGCAGUAAAACAGUGGAAGACAGUCGAUCUUCAGAUGAAAACCUAAAAAGUCCACCGAAGACUGCUUCUGCCAAACCAGUCAGAUUUACAAUUGCACCAGCGUGGCAAAGAUCUCUCUCAGGGGGUUCAAAUUCAAAGGAUGAUGCCUAUACCAGAAGUUCCCCAACGUCCCCGGUAAGACCAGAGUUGUUUGAAGGAGUGACAAAAGAACACACGCGUUUUGAUGCAGUCAUCCAGGAAUCAGCAAAAAACAACUGGGAUCGAGAUUGUAGGGACAGUGAUUUGCAUUUGAAUUCUUCUAUGGAGUGGACUGACCAUGAAGCACAAAAUGUUGAAAAUCCAUUUGGGGUCAGACUAAGGAGAACAUCAUCUUUACUAAAAUACCAGAAUGAAAGCCGUGCUGAGUCUCCAAAGCUGAUCUCCUCAGCUGUUCCCACUGCUGCUUCUGCUUCAGUCAGGGAGGAUCAGAAGUCCGCAGGCAACGUGAAGCCAACUCUGGGCCUUCCUGUCAGCACAAAAUCAUUUAUUAAAAAGCCAGAUCUCCUAGAAGACAAAAAUACUCCCAAGACAAGAUCAGAAGAAGUGGCAAAAAAGCAAAACUCUGAACCAGCUUGGGUCUCCAUGGCAAAACUAAAACAAAAGGGUUUCCAGGACCACCUUCUUGCCCAAGAACACAAAGCUGAAGACAAAGCUUUGUCCAAAGUGGAUCAAGAGGAGGUAGAGUACCAACAAGGAAUCUGUGCUAGUGAGAACAUACUGAAGAAGAGUAUGCCUUCCAGCUUAUGCUCUCAGGACAAGAAAACACAAAAGAAGACCAGCGUGUCUGCUGCAGCAGGUAAAGUCGGACCUAUUGCUCAGGAAGCAUCUGUGAUUGCUGCUGUUGAAAAGGAAGCAAGGCACUGCUCUAACCUGCCAAUGACACCAUGCAGCUCCGCUGAACCACCGUGGCUGUCCCUGGCCAAGAAGAAAGCCAAAGCGUGGAGUGAAAUGCCCCAGAUUGUACAAUAG